GUCUGAUCCAGGAUCAACAAAGGGAUAUGGACGGCCUGACUUCCUUUGUUGGGUUAAGGAUGCUCUUCUUAUUAAGGGUGAAGAGAAAGCGGAUAUUGGCCAGUUGGAUAUUGCUACGAGAGAACUCAUCAGCAAACUUAAUGUCAUUGAUCCACAAAAAUUCGGUGACAUUAAGUUUAUGAUAGGUUACGCUGCAGCAG